AUGACGGUCGCAUCCUCGGUCAACUCCACCUCAAACGGCACGGACAACGAACGAUACACGUGCCUGCACAAAGGAUUAUUACCGCUGCUUACUCUUGGUGUUCGACAGAGACGUCGGCCUGCGGAUCGCGCAUGGAGCUCCCAGCUUCGUUAUACGAGCGCCGAUUAUGUACCAGAUAUUUUGGAAGAGUCGUCGGCCCCCUUUGCCCACCGCGCUCCCUGCAGAUACACUGGUGCGCGUCCUGGUUUAGGUAAGUCGGAGAAAAUGGCAUUGACCGGCCGUGAUAGUGGAUCAGGAAUAACGGGCCACCGGUCGAUAUCCACGGCGGACCUUAAAAACCACGAUGUUUGCAACGAGGUGGUGAGGAUCCACAUCAACAGCCCGGGCUGCUGUCACACGUCUCCUGUUGUCAAGCGAUUGAGUUUCGGAUUCGAUUCUGCUUCAUCGGGUAAGUAA